CAUUAAAAACAACUAUUAAUAGUUUUGUGUGAAUCAUCAGCUGUGACAGGAAAAGGCUUCAUUGCAAAAGACAUGGCAUUUGUCAACACAGCAGGUGCAGCCAAGCACCAGGCAGUGGCCAUGCGGUCUGGCUCCGACUUCUCCGUCUUCUACCGAUGCACAUUCGACGGCUAUCAGGAUACUCUCUACGCCUACUCCAACCGCCAAUUCUACCGUGAAUGCAACAUCACCGGCACCAUUGACUUCAUCUUCGGCAAUGCAGCAGUCGUUUUCCAAAACUGCAACAUCCAGCCAAGACAGCCCCUUCCAUUGCAAUUCAACACCAUCACAGCUCAAGGGAAAAAUGACCCUAACCAAAACACUGGCAUUUCUAUCCAGAAUUGUACUUUUUCUGCACUUGAUGGUAACCUCACGGCUGAUACCUACCUGGGAAGGCCCUGGAAGAAUUACUCCACUACUGUUAUCAUGCAGUCCAAAAUUGGGUCCUUUCUGAACCAAUUGGGCUGGACAUCUUGGGUCCCCAAUGUCAAGCCAGCCAGCACCAUCUUCUAUGCCGAAUACCAAAACACUGGGCCAGGGUCGAGUGUGGCUCAGAGGGUUAAAUGGGCUGGGUACAGGCCCACUCUCACACAAGAUGAAGCCGUGAAGUUCACCGUAAGAACUUUCAUCCAGGGCGACGACUGGUUGCCGGAUACCAGUAUUUCCUAUGCCUCAUCCUUGUAAGAAGAUAAUUAUUUAAUUUUCAUUUAAAAAAUUUUUUUGAUAUUAAUAUUAGUUUCAUAAUUCCAAUAAAAAAUAUUAAUUUCA